UAUCUAAUCUACCUAUCUCUGCUCCAUUUCUGUGUCUCUCGUGUGCCACUUAUUGCUCUCUAAGGCAUUGAUAAAAUAACCAAUGAAUUAGCCCACUCGUUGGAGCCGACGCAGAUCUUGUGCGAGAAUGAAUGAAUGAAUGAAUGAAUGAAUACUGUAAGAGAUUUUCCUCUUUGUCGUGUCGACUGAGUAAGAAAUCUUAAUUGAAGAAAGCGAGUAGUGUAGUACCAAUAUUCUUUUCUUGGAACUAGCAAGGGGACCUCCUUCACGAUGUCGAGGUCGCCCACGACCGCUGUGUCGCCGGCUGAGGCAGCUGAAGCAAAGGUCAGGUUCGUGAAAUUUUUUCAAGAGGCGGCACUCUGUCGUGGUCUUGGUCCCAAUGAGGCGGCGCAGGGGGCAAUCGCUGCAACAAAAGCCAAGCGCGACCCACCCGCUCUCUUUAAAGGCGCUAUGGUACCGGAUAGCGAGGCGACAGUGGAGAGAGCGCUGCAGAGGUAAUUUAAACAUAGAAUCGUUGUCCAGCAUUAAAUUUACUUUUACUAGUACUGUAAAGGAGAAUCGCAAUAUAUGUUGCUUGACAAGAGUAUAAUGUUUACAUUUUCAAACAAUUAUCCUUUUUCUCACUAGUCCCGCAAGUUGCAGUGAGGAGCACUGGCGGAAACUGGGGUACCUUUUUGGUGACGUUUUCUAUGCGAAUUCGUUAUUACUUCCUAAGACUGCACGACCAACGAAGAGCGACCCGUGUCUGGAUAUCGACGCUUUGCGGAAGUUGUACGACAACAUCGAAAACAGCGCAACCUCGUCAGGCGAUGUCGAGAUGAAAGAUGCGGACGAGGAACAAAGUAGCCCUUCGAAAAGGGAAAAGACUAGCGAUGCGAUGGAGGUGGAUCAAGAAACUGGCUUUGCUGCUGCUGCUGCUGGAACAUCGUCUUCUAGUUGUACGACUGCAGCUUCGUGUGGUUCAUCCGUUAAGAAGUUUUCUCCCUCAGAGGAAAUUCUGAAGCAAUUAGGAGACCUGUGUGCUGACGUUUGCCGCGAGAUGGAGAAAUUGCGUAGUGCUAAGUCGGCAGCAUCCUCUCCAGCGUCGUCAUCCCCUCAACAAGUGUCAACUCCUGCUGCUGCGGCCGCUGCUACUGGAGGGAGUUUUACCUCGGGAGGCUCUUCCUCCUCCACAGCACCGACAAGCAGCGACGCAACAACUGCAGGCACUACAGGGAUUGCUGCUGCAACUCCCGGCGGCGCGUCUUCACUAUCAUCUUCGCAAGAGAACGAGGAAGCCCUGAUGGAGGGACCUGCGAGUCUGAGGUUCUGCCUGUUCGCGCUCUUUCAUCCUGCCUUGGAGGAUCCGGAUCGAUACCAGGAUGUGCACCGCUUAUUUCGCUGCUUCAGGCCAUUGAGCGAACAGGCUAGGGAUAUACUGGCAAGAUGGCUUUCGCGACUUGACGUGGAGCUCUUGCGAGGGACCUUGCAGACGCUGCAUCAGUAUUAUUGAAUAUCAAUGUUUUAUAUCUUUAUGCUAGUGUUGUUGUAGCUGCACCUCUUCGGCGGAAAGGGCGCGAUAGUUCUGAAUGUUGUGCUACUUACACGCUUCAUUUGCGCGUGCUUGUUUAUCUAUCUUUUACUCAUGUUCAUUUCUCGUACCUACGUAAAUUGACUACAACACGUAGUACGCACUUCCGCUUUCUCCACCGUUUGUUGUACUUACACGCAGGUACAUAUCCAUAACUUUUUUGGAUGCGUACCAUGGGAGCGGAGAGGAGAUGGAAAGUGCGGCCGAGCAUGUUUUUGAUUUGUUCGUCGCGACAACAUCCCAACUGUGCAAAAACGCGUUGGCUGCUAUGGAUGCGCUCUUUCGGGCCAACCAGAUCCGAAUUGCACUAAGAAGACAGCUCCGCAAAGAAGAAAUGGUGAAAGGCACAGCGGCAAUGAUGGUCACUGAUAGUGUUAAGGCUUGCUCGUGUCUAAUCCGUCUUUUUGUUGACAAACUGACAUCCUGCAAGGACGGUCUCUCAACGGGAAAAUGGGUCCAUGAUGGUUAAUGUAUCCCAAGAUUGAUAACUGAGACGAACUCACGCUAAUAGUGGAGGAGGCGGCGGAAAGACGCCUGAGCGUUCGACCUCGAGGCAUACCGCAGCUCUGUCGGACAAAUUCGAUGAAGCAGAUGUGGAAUUUUUCAGAAAAAAGUUCGUGUCUAGUGCAUUGCUAGAGGUGUUGAAGCCCGAAGAGUUUCGGAAUGAUGCCAUGAACGAUGCCGACCUUAUUCUACGGCACGAUUACCAGUACACGCUUUACUACGACUUCAUCGAGUCGGAAAAUAGCGGAAGCAAGGGCUUGAGCAAGUUAGCUGUGCCGAAAAACAUCGAGGAAAUACGCCAGAAAAGCUGCAAAAAUACCUACACGUUUGGUACUUCCAUGCUUUUAGUUAUAUGCGCUAGUCAAUAAAGCAAGUGUCGUAAAUCUUAUAAUAUCAAAGAGUUAGACCCGAAACUCUCUGUAUCUGACUAUAUCAACAUAACAACUGCAAGGUCUCCUUGAGUAUAACUUCUGCUUGGAUGCGAACAGUAAAUGCCGCUUUUUGAUGAUAAAUACGGCUGACCAGCAGCGACAGGAGACCCGACAGGAGAUUCUAGCACAGGUUAUGCAGGGCCAGAGAAGAGUGAAUCCGUAUUUCGUCCUCAAAGUUCGUCGCGACAAUCUGAUACAAGAUACCCUUCAAAAUCUCGCAUCGCAGCCACCAAGCAAUUUCAGGAAAACUUUAAAAGUCGUCUUCGAGGGUGAGCAAGGGGUGGAUGAAGGUACCUACUAUGGUUUUUGAGGAAAGUGCCUUUAAUUAUUUGCAAUUAGAAGUAGAAUUUCUUUUAUCCGGUAUAUUCUAGAAAGUCAGUCUUGAUGAUGGUUUUAGUUUUCAACAUUGAUUUUUAGAAGAUAGAACAUCAGAAGUCCUCUGUGGUAGCAUGAGUAUAUGAGAUGAGCGACCUUUUCACUAAUGUGACUGUGUUUCUUCAUCCAGGUGGCGUGCAAAAGGAGUUUUUUCAGCUUUUGUUGGAGCAGCUGUACGAUCCCAUGUACGCGAUGUUCGUGUACAACAGCGACAACAAGUCCUAUUGGUUUAACCUUGGCUCUUUUGAGAACAAUCUACAAUACGAACUGUUCGGCACUCUGUUAGGCAUGGCCAUCUACAACCAUGUGAUUCUGGAUAUCCGGUUUCCGAUGGUGGUGUACCAAAAACUGCUUGCGGAGGACGUAGACGGGACGGCGAAAUUCUCGGUCGAUGACCUAUUGUUAAGGCCAGACUUUCUCAAACCUAUAGAUGCAAUCAAUCAAUCUACUAGAAGAAAUUCUUGAAAUGAUAUUUAAGAAAAAAGUCCAUAAGCAUAGAGGAAAUACAUAGACGAGAGAACAGUUGAAAUCUUCGAACUCGUUUUUCCCUGCUGGCCCAGUCAGUAUGAAUCAAAAAUGUUGAAAAGAUUACGGUUUUUUGCCGUCACUAGAACUAGAUCUAAUUCCCGAGGUGAGCCCUGAUCUUGGAAGAAGCCUUCUGCAGUUGCUCGAGUUCGAAGGCGAUGUUGCUGAGGUUUUUUGCCGCGACUUUGUUGCUAGCUACGAGAAUUUUGGCGCUGAAGUGCUGGUUUCACUGAAGCCCGGAGGAGAAACGAUACCGGUGACGAACGCGAAUAGGGAAGAGUUCGUGGAUGCCUAUGUUGACUGGUUCUUCAAUAGAUCUGUCUUCGACAAGUUCCGGUCGUUCAAGAAGGGCUUUCUGCGUUGCAUGCAAGGCGACGAGGAGUCGAGUAGAACAGCGCGCGGAAGCGGACCGAGCUUAGCUAGCCGUAAUAUUGUUUUUGAGUUCGCAGAAAUAUACUAGAGUGGUUGGGUAGUUGUCUCAAUUCAUGAUGUAUGUUGGAACUGCUGAGGGCAAGAAUGAUCAAUCGUGAUUGAGUAUUCCCUUUUGGCAUAAUGGUAUCUCGCUGUCCUCUGCAUUCAGCCCAUCAAGUAGCCUCCGAAAUUUUUCUCUGUCAGGUACGCGUUCGUUUUUUCUGUCCUUGUUUCGUCCUGCGGAGCUUGAACUUCUUAUUUGCGGCAGUGAGGUGCUUGACUUCGAGAGUUUGAAGAACAACACAGAUUACCAAGAUGGCUAUGAGAAGAGUUCUCAAACGGUUGAGUGGUUUUGGGACAUCGUGCUUAAUGAACUGAACGAAACCGAAAAGCGUGACCUCCUCUCUUUCUGCACCGGUUCCGCACGCGCACCGCCAAAGGGCUUGUCGGCACCAGAAGCGAAGCUCACGAUCGGCCGUCAAGGUCCAGAUUCCGAGGCGUUGCCUACCGCGCACACGUGCUUCAACCAUCUCUUGAUUCCAGAGUACGCGGACAGAGACAAACUGAAGACGAAAUUGAAGCUAGCAGUGGCAAAUAACCAGGGCUUUGGAUUGAUUUAAAAGUAGACGGAGGAAGAAGAACGCCUAAGCAUGCUCGUGGAGGAGAAGAUACGGAGGAGAUAAAACUCGACGUGAAGUCGUGGUCCUUAAACUUUAAGAAUUACCAUCUCAACAAGUCCAUCAUCGAGCCGUUUCAUUCCUGACGCUCAGAUCCAUCGGGAAAUGAGAUCCUGCGCUAGUGAAUUAUAAGCGUUCCGCUAGUGACGUGUGAGAUUCGCACUCUGAAUUUUUUCAAGGAAACCUCAAUGUUGGGAAUUUGACCGUGUCCACGCUUGUGAUGCGAUGAUACAAUCUGCCAAUUUAAUUACACUUCGUUGAGAAAGACCUUGAGUCUGUGAAACAACGAAAAAUACUGAUUUUGUGUCAACACUGGAGUCGAUUUUACGAGAGAGGACAUUCAUUGAUACAUGAUAGUCGGUGCUUCAUCAGUCCUGCCUUUGCUGUCUUUUCAU